AUGGAAGAUUCAAAUAUAGAUACUCAUAUAGAUAAAAAACCAAGAUUAAGCAUGUCAUCUGAAAAACAACCAGAAAAAGAAGUUUUUGCAUCGGUCGGAGAUCAAGCACAAUCAGUUGAUGAUAACAAUAAUAAUAAUACAAGCACUAAUAAUGAAGUAAGACAAACUGGUGCAGCUGAUGCAGAAGGACAUCCAGUUCAAGAAGUUGAAUCAUUAUGUAUGAAUUGUCAUAAAAACGGUAUAACAAGAAUGUUAUUAACCAGAAUACCAUAUUUCAGAGAAAUUAUAAUAAUGUCAUUUGAAUGUCCUCAUUGUGGGUUUAAAAAUAGUGAAAUUCAACCAGCUGCUCAAAUUGCUGAAAAGGGAUCAAGAUAUGUUUUAAAAAUUGAAGAUAAAAAAGAUUUUAAUAGACAAGUUGUAAAAUCAGAAACUGCAACUGUAAAAUUUAAUGAAUUGGAUAUUGAAAUUCCACCACAAAGAGGUCAAUUAAUUAAUGUUGAAGGUAUAUUACAAGACAUGAUUACAGAUUUAGAAUCUGAUCAAGAAGAAAGAAAAAAAAUUCAACCAGAAUUAUAUCCAAAAAUUCAAGAAGUUAUUGAUAACAUUAAACUGUACAUAAAUGCAGAUGAAGGAACAUUACCAUUAACUGUUAGUAUAGAUGAUCCAGCUGGGAAUUCAUGGAUUGAAUACGUACCAGGAGAGCCAUCACAUAAAUGGGCAAUGUAUGAAUAUAAUAGAACUGCUGAACAAAAUGUAUAUUUAGGAUUAAUCUCAGCAGAUGAAGUAGCACAACAAAAACAACAAAAUCAAGAAUCACAACCAGAAGAAAAAUCAUCAAAUAUAACGCUAGCAAAUAAUAUCGCGAAAGAUACAGUUAUAGGAUUAUCUGAUGAAACAGAUAUUGAAAAUUUAUCAAAUGAAGUACAAACUUUUGAUGCCACUUGUGGUUCAUGUUAUAAACCAUGUUCAACUCAUAUGAAAUCAGUUAAUAUACCACAUUUCAAAGAAGUUAUAAUAAUGUCAACAGUAUGUGAUCAUUGUGGUUAUAAAUCAAAUGAAGUUAAAACUGGAGGAGAAAUUCCAGCAAAAGGUAAAAAAAUUACAUUAAAAGUAACUGAUCCUGAAGAUUUAGCAAGAGAUAUUUUAAAAUCUGAAACUUGUGGAUUAAAUAUUCCUGAAUUAAAUUUAGAUUUAACUCCUGGUACAUUAGGUGGUAGAUUUACAACAAUUGAAGGUUUAUUACAACAAGUAUCAUCUGAAUUACAUAGUAGAGUAUUUACACAAACUUCAGAUUCAAUGGAUGAAGAAACUAAAACAAAUUGGAUUAAUUUUUUUGCAAAAUUAAAAGAUGCAUUAGAUGGUAAAAUUGGUUUUACUAUUAUAAUGGUUGAUCCAUUAGCUUCUUCAUAUAUUCAAAAUGUUUAUGCUCCAGAUAAUGAUCCAAAUAUGGAAACUGAAGAAUUUGAAAGAAGUUUUGAACAAAAUGAAAAUCUAGGAUUAAAUGAUAUGAAAACUGAUUAA